GAGAGGAAGAAGAAAGGAGAAAGAGAGGGAGUUAGGCUCGGAUCUAGGAGUCUUUGUGACCGUUGCGAGCUCGGCUACACGAUAGGUAAACUCCCUACUUCAAUCCUCUUCUCUUUCUCUUGAUUUUCUUCAAUUUUUAGAAGAGGAGAUUUUUGGAUUUUGAUUCCAAAGGCUUUAUUCUUGUAAGCUUUUGUUUCUUUGGAUCCUAGGGAGCAUGUUUUGAGUUUCUAUAUAGUGAUCUAAUAUUUUGAGUGGAUAAUUAGAUGAAAAGAGGUGUUUUGGGCACAAAAUAAAUCCUGAGAAAUUGGGUUUUUGCUCUUCAAUGGUUUAAGCUUAUUGAUUUAGUUAUAAUUUUGCUAUUUGAACCCAAUAAGAUUUAAAUUAAGGUUUGGUUUUCAUUAUAAGGGCUAAUGGUGAAAGUUGGUGACACUAAGUGAAGGUUUUUAAUUGAUAAAAAAUUAUAUAAAUUGAAAAUUAGCCUAGUAAUGGCUAAUAAAUGGUUUUGGUGGUUAAGUGAUACUAUGUGAAUGGUUGGUUUAAUAUAUGGACCAUUAGGGUGGAUUAUGACUCAUUGACCUAAGUUGUGUGGUAUAAGUUAUAGUCUUCAUUAAUACUAUUUGUCAUGAUAAGUGAUGUGGAUCACUUAUAUGUUGUAGAAAAUUGUUGGUGGAACUUAUUGAGAAGUAAGGAACAAGCCGAGCCCUAUUUUGUACAAGGGGAACCCUUUUAGUACCAAAGGGUUGAGGUCCAGGCGAAGGAUCCAGUGGUGGACGGGGAAAAGAGCAAAGCUAGGGGUUUGCUUGUGAUUUGAGGGGAGAAAGGUCCGUACGCUUGUAGCCAUACACCUUUCAGUUCUAAUAUGGCUCGAAGGGGAAGGGGUAGAUCGAGGAAUGAGGAACGACCACCACCUCUACCUCCUCCGCCUCCACCUCCGCCUCCACCUCCACCACCACCACAGGGGACAGAUGCAGUCAUAGCUAGGCUGCUUGAAGUUAUGGUGGAUAUACAGCAAAAUCUUAGAAGUCAUACUGUUCCAGAUCAGCAUGUUGACCUAAGUGCUGGGCAGGGAUCUUCUAGUACUAUGGGAGCUCAUGCACCAGUUGUUAAUAAUCGAGAGGAUGACAUAUCUGAACCUUGGAAGGAAUUCUCUCGCUCUAAUCCGACUACAUAUGAUGGUAGUAUGCUUGAUGGGAAAGCUGAAGAGUGGUUGGAUCGGAUGGAGCAGUUAUUUACUGUUGUGAGGUGUACAUCUGAGCAGAAGGUUAUCUUGGCUACGAUGCAGCUUGUUGGUGAAGCCAAGCAUUGGUGGGAUUCUGUUAAGCCCACAGAUGGAAGAUCUAUGUCUUGGGAUGAAUUUAAAGAAAGAUUUUAUGAUUUUCACUUUCCGCCAGCUUUCAGAGAUGAGAAAGAGGCAGAGUUUCAUGCAUUUCAGCAGGGGGACUUAGACGAGGAGACUUUUAUAAGAAAAUUCAAUCAGCUGUCUAAGUUCUCAACAUAUCUGAAGGCUUCUAAUGAUAGCAAGUGGAAAGCAAAGAGGUUAUUAGAAAAGAUGAGGCCAGAAUACCGCCAGCAGCUAUCUUUGUUAGGCGAGGCGACAUAUGAUGAGAUGUGCAAUCGUCUGAGGAUUGCCGCUCGUCGAGGCCGAGACACAGAGAGUAGCCGGAGUAGGGAUACACGAGGUCGAUUUUCUUUUGGGUUAGCUCCUACUGGUGGUGUAUCCAAGAGAAUGGGUUUUAGCUCUGGUUCUUCUUCUAGUGGCUCCUUUAGAAUCGGGUCUUCUUCUGCUUCUGGUAAUCGAAAUUUAAAUAGGGGUUCAAGAUUUCAAGGUAAUCGGGGUGGUAAUAUGAGAUCUGGGGGUUCUCGUUUCUCUGGGAAUGCUCCAGCACGUUCUUCACAGACCAGUCAAGCCCCAAUUCUAAGUACAGCGAGGUCACCUUGCAAUAGAUGUGGUAGGGUUCAUUUUGGUCGCUGCUUUGCUUGUUAUAAGUGUGGAAAGUUAGGCCAUUUGAUCCGUGACUGCCCUGAUUUACAUGAGAGCUCGGACCGGAGGAACGUGAUUCCUGGUAGAGUGUAUACAGUAUCUCAGGAGGAGGCUAGGAAGUCAUCGAAUCUAAUCACUGGUAUGGUUUCUAUCUGUGGCCUCGAUUUAGAAGCUUUGUUUGAUUGUGGUGCGACGCAUUCUUUUAUUUCUGCCGAGUGCUUAGAUAGAAUGGCUAUGCCUGUUGACCAGUUGCCCCAUGAUAUAGAAGUUUCCUCUACUUCUGGUUUAGUUGGUCGAUCCAGUGUGGUGUGUAGGACUAAGAUGACUUUUAAUGGGCGAUCGACUUGGGUGAAUAUGAUCAAAUUACCUAUGCAAGGGAUUGAUUUAAUUAUUGGUAUGGAUUGGUUGACAGCUUAUGGUGCUGUCUUAGAUUGUGUGACUAAGACAGUGACUUUGGUAGAAGUACCGGAGGUGAUCAAAGAAUACCCUGGUCAUUCUUGUUUUCUUUCUUCUUUACAAGUUGAAAGAUUGAUUGAGCAAGGAUGUGAGGCUUACGUGGUAGUGCUCGCUACCCAAGGGUCUGAGACAGGUAUAGUGGAUGAAAUUGAGGUUGUUAAGGGAGUUCCCAGAGGUGUUUUCUGAGGAUGUAUCAGGAUUACCUCCAGAA